GAAUGCUGGAAUGUUGACCGAAAGGUUGCACGCGGUUACUCAUCCGAAAAGAAUUACGUAAUCAAAUCAUGGCGAAAGCGACGGAUUGCUCAGAAACGAGUUAUUUCUUAUGAUUUCAAUACGGCGCCACUUUGAUUAGUCAUCUGACGUGUCGGGAGGCUGGGCUGGCAUGAAGAUGAUGAGGUGAAACGCACGACAAUGAGAUUGGGAAUGAAACGGGAAGAUGAAGAAUAAGAAGAGCCCCCCUGCAGGGUAGAGGAAACAAGCGGAGCGUGAGUCACUUUAAUUUUCAUGAAUUCUCGGUACGUCGAAUCGAAAUGUUUGAUGUUUUACUGCCGAGCUGCUGCUGCUGCUCACGGCGCUGCCGGCUGGCGCGUUAGAUGGCGUUCAGGCACCACUUCCGGUUCCGGUUGACAUUUCCCGACCUCCCGAGACUUUGGGACUUUAGUAGCUGGAAGGAAACCAUCUUCUCUCGUGCAUUUUCUUUUCUCGGAACCGAUUUGAUUCAGUUCAAAAAAAAAUUCUUUUCGUUUCUUUUUUCGUGAAUUUUGUCUACCGAGAACGACCGAGAACCGGCAUUUCUUAAUUGUUUCCCGCUCAUAAAAAUUACCCUUUUUCUUCCUUCUUAUCAAUUUCGAUAAGCCCGCCGUGAGAAAAUGCCGUGUCGGAAGUGGGAGACGUCCCAUUCCUACCACCUUGUUCCGCCUACCCCCUUACAACUCGUUCACGUGUGUAUCAUUUUAUAGGAUCGGGAUAUCUCGUCGAAAAAGAUAAAUUGAAAUUGGCGGGGCAAAGAUCGUCUGCUACCUUUGGACCGGGAGGCGAUAAAUAGUUCCGCUUGUCCUUUAUUUCUUUGACGCUCUUAUCUCUCUCUGCGCCGCUCUUUAGUCUUUUAAUAAAUUUAUUUUCGAGAUUCAAUAUUUGCCGAGCCGGUGUGCGGCCUACGUACAGAGUGCAAAGGAGAUUAUUGAUAAGAUCCUGCUCCCCUGCUGUCCCAGUGCAGCGUGAGGCUGCGUCUUCUGCCGAAUUUUAGAUUGAUAAUCCGUCACAUCCGGAACACCUUAACCUUUUGGAAAAGGGUAACCAUGGGAGACACCGUUGAUGAGGAGGGAACGCAUUUCCUGGAACGGGAAACUGAGCAAUGAAAGAGAAACAUUUCAUUCAUCCAGAAUUCACAAAGUGCAAACACGAGUUUUUUCUCCUUUUUCUUUUUCUUUGAUAAAAGUUUUCAUCGGAAAAUUCACUCGUGGAAAAUGUCACGCCGGAACUGGCCCACCUUUCUCUUUUUAUUUUUGCAAACGUCAAUUUAUUUUUCACAUCAUUACCAAUUAAAGGUGAAUCACGACGCGCGAAUCGUCUGAAUGAAUGAUUUUAUUUUUAGCAUUGGGAAUCAAGUGGAUUAGGUCGACCGAUUUAAAAGUUUCGAUCGGAAUGGCAACAGGUAUAAAAAGGACAGCCGGGCGACAGGUGAACAAGCGCCGCACGGCAUAGACUCAAUUUCUCGCAGGUGAGAGCGCGCGGCAGCUCAGAACAGAAAACCCUCAAGGUGAUUGGUCCAAGUGACGUCAUGGAAUUUACAAGAAACACGUCACCACUUUUUUUUUUAUUGGUUUGUGGUCACGGGCGCCAUCUGAGAACAGGCCAAAAUAAAAAAAAACAAUGGCCGUUUUUGCAAUUCUUACGUCACCGUUUCUUUUCUUUUUUUCACGCGUUUAGUCACAACAUUUUUUUGUUUGGAUAGCGCCCGUUCUGUUUGCUGCGAAUCAUCUCGACGAAGUAAAUUUGGUUUUUAUUUUGUAAAAUAGUAAAAAAGAAAUGCGAAUGUCCUUAUAUGGUCAUUGACGGUUUAUACUGCAGCGAAAAUGGAUUCUAUCGCGUGCCCGCGUGAGGGGCCCUAUACGACAGAAAAUGUUUCUUUACUUUUAAAUGGUGGAGGAGGGUGGGGUUGGGUGGGAAACUCCGCCACAGCGCCGGCGCAGACGUUUCUCGGAACAUAACAAACAAAUAUAACGUGAAAAAAGUGAGAGAGAGUCCCAUUUUUCUAUACGAAAGAUAAGCUCUCUUUCUCUCCUUUGCUGCCUAUAGCGUGAAUGGACGUGACGUCACAUGUACCGGGGAGUGGUGACGUCACCCCGGUGCUGCGCCGUGCGGGCCGGGCCCGCCGCCAUUGGGACGGGGCGGAGCUUGGGUCUUUCCGGUUUCGUUCAUUCAUAGAGCCGUGAGUGGACGGCAUUUAUCCUCAGUCUCCCGCCAGACUUUGUGCAAGAUUCACGUGUUUACAAAUUAAGUCUUUUGCACUACAUUUUAACCCUGUCGUCACACUACUACACGGAAAACAAACAAAAAAGUUGUUCCUUGGCGCGUGAAUUGAAAUAUUCAAAUUCAUCACGGAAACGAUUCAAAUUUUGACACGACAAUUCCGUUAUUAAUUCCCCUGCUUCCGUUUGAAUCGACAUUUCGACAACAAUUCUGGCACGUGCUUCUCAACUCAUUUGACCGCCAAAUUCAAAAAUUCAUACAACGAAAUUAGCGGGAAAAUUUGAACACCCCUAAAAAGCCCAAACAAGAAAAAUAACGAGAAGAAAAAUUACCAAAGUCAAAAGAAAAUUUUUACUUUCGAUGACCAUUCCGUCGGCAUUCGGUGGUGCACGUGUUGUUUGAUUGUGCGGACUUGUCAAUCAUUGACCGGCCAUCGGGUAGCGACCAGUCGCUGAGUGCUUCGGCGGUUGGCGGAGGAGCCCCACCGGCACAGACUGGUCCAGAGUCUCCUCGUUCGUCCAGUCAACUAUUGCCAAGUGCCGCAGUAGUUUCGGGAGGAGCUACCAGUAGCCAAAUUGUCGUCCAUCCACAAUCAAGCGAUCCCGAAUCUUCAGCCAUGAUCAUGGACGGAUUGGAAACCAUGUCGUUCGGCGAGGCCAACGUUCACUUUCAUCACUUGCUCAACUUUGAAACGUUCAAAGCCGAAAUGCCCGACGAUUCGGCCAACGUGGCCGGACUCGGGCGAAUCAGAUCCGACGCCAACAACAUCAACGACAGCCUCAACACGCCGGGCAUUUCCAAUUUUAUGGAUUUGCCCAUCUUUUCUUUCGGACCUUCCACGGUCCUGCCGACUCUUCCGUCCGUUUUCAGCGGCACUGGAUUGGAUUCGGAUUUGGGGUUGGACGAGCCGACGGCGGCUGAGCUGCAACAAGUUGAAAUCGAAUCGAAUUGCGGGAGCAGAAGUAGCAGCAGCACGUCCAACGAGAGUUCCAGCACCAGUUCCAGUUCCAGCAGCAGCUCCAGCAGCAGCUCAUCCUCCAAUUCUAGCUGCAGUAGCGUUGUCGCAAGUCCCAGCGGAAUUGUUCUGGUCGAAGACGAGCUGGAAGUGGCCCUGGUCAGUCCCGCCGGCCCAGUUAGCGACAGCCGCAGCGGCCCGUCUCUCAAGAGGAAGGCGGAAGAGACGAGGAUCGACGAAGACGAAGACGACACAUCGUUGGAAAUGUACCCGACGGACGGACUGCAUCCGCACGCCCAGGUGUCGGCCCAGCAAAGUCGACUCAUGAGCUACCGCGGAGUCUUCAGCUCGACGGCCAACAGCGGACCCGCCGCCUCGGCUGGAAGUCACGGAGCUGCUGGACACCUUUUGUCAUUGCCCGGUCCCAUGCCCAGCACGCCGGACAUUCUUUCCCCUAACACGGGACUGGCUUCCAUCAACUGGAUCCUCAACACGGCCGCCGCUUCAGCCGCCGCCGGACCGGACGCCAAACCUUCCAUCAUCAAUCCGCUCUUCUUCUUCGGCCAUCAACCGGAGCAGCAACAACCGACCGAUAAGUCGUCACAACAUCACCAUGCGCAUCAUCAACAGCAGCAGCAACAACAGCAGCAACAACAACAACAUCACCAGCACCAUCACCAUCACUUUGAUUCAUCGCAGCACGGCCAGGACAUGACGCAGUUGGUCCAGCAAAACUACGACAGCCAGUCGAUCGAAAUGGCCAAACAUUCGAAUUCGUUCCAGCAGGCGGCCGGCGACGAGUCGUACGCUUCGGCUCCUUCCAAUCCAUCGCCGCAGCAACAGCAGCCUCCGCCAAAGUACCAGUGGUCCGGUUUUUCGCCUCCGCCGCCUUCCGUCGGAGAUUACGGAGCGGGGCCGUUGAUACCCAAACAGGAGCCGCUGACGACCAUCAGCGGAGGUGGAGCUUAUCCGGGCAGCAGUAGCGAAACUGGAGGCAAUUACUCUGCGGGCAGCUCAGCAUCCAGCAGCGCCGGGGGAGCGUCUUCCGGACAGGUCCGUCUGGCGGAUUACACUCCGUCAACGAGCAAAGGACACGAAAUCCUGUCGCAAGUCUACCAGCAGCAAGGCGGAAGCGGAGGCAGCGGCGGACCCAUCCGCCUGGUUCCGGUCAAAGCCCGUCGCUAUCCAGUGCGUCCGAGCAAGACGCCCGUUCACGAGCGGCCCUACGCCUGUCCGGUCGACUCGUGCGACCGGCGGUUUUCCCGGUCGGACGAACUGACCCGCCACAUUCGCAUCCACACGGGUCAGAAGCCGUUCCAGUGCCGGAUCUGCAUGCGGGGCUUCUCGCGCUCCGACCACCUGACGACUCACAUCCGGACGCACACGGGCGAGAAGCCGUUCGCCUGCGACCAGUGCGGCCGCAAAUUCGCCCGCUCCGACGAGAAGAAGCGACACGCCAAAGUUCAUCUGAAGCAACGGGUCAAACGCGAGUCGACGUCCCACCGGCUGAGCAGCAAUUCGGCCGCCGCCGCUUCCGCCUCGGCCCAUUCGUCUUCAUCCAAUUCAACGGGCCAAUUGGGUGGGGCCCGGAGCGCAACGCAGACUCCAUCGACGACGAGCCGGAGCGCCGUUUCGUCCCCGUCGGAUGUGAUCUCAGUGCCAUCGUCCCUAGCUCAUAAUAUCAUGUGACUACGUCAACAAAUGUAUCCAUCAUCAUCCUAACA